AUGCUGAGUAGACUGAGUCAGUCCCAAUCCCAUGAUCAGUCGUUCAAAUGGCAGCUGGCUGAACAGAACACCCCAAAGUCACAUAUCCCAUUUAUAUACAAAUUCAUUACUAAUUGGUUAAUCACAGAUCCUGAUAUAUUGCCAACACCUGAUGAUGAUCAUCUUAAACCUCGUCGUAAUUAUCAAGUUCAAAACUAUAAAGAUAUGAAAUAUAUUUACAUAUUUGGUGGAAGAGGUCAUAUCGUUAAACAGAAACCAAUUAAUAUAGUUACAUUCUUGGCUAUAUUAGUUCCUGGUAUACUUUACUUCAUAUUUGAAAGUAAAUGGAUAUGGCAUCAUUUAAGUCCUGCAUUGCCUAUUUUAACAGCAUACUUUUGGUUAUUAAGUUUGCUUUUCUUUAUCAAAGCUUCAAGUUCUGAUCCAGGUCAAUUACCUCGUAAUAUUCAUUUACCAAGUUUACCAAAUCCCCAAACUCAUAAAAUUGAAAAUCCACCUUCUGAAUAUUUCAACAGUAUAAAACUACCUUAUCAUAAUGAUGAUAAAAUUGGGGUUACAGUACGGUAUUGUCCUACAUGUCAUAUUUGGAAACCACCUCGUACUAGUCAUUGUUCCACAUGUAAUGUAUGUGUAAAGAUUCAAGAUCAUCAUUGUGCAUUCUUAAAUAAUUGUGUGGGGUAUCGAAAUUAUCAUUAUUUUCUUUGGCUCAUAUUUCUGAUUAAUGUAACAUGUAUUAUAGUUACUAUUCAAUGUUUUAUGCAUGUGUUUCAUUAUAGACUGAUGAGUCAAUCAUCAGACGUUCAUACAUUUUAUCAAUCCAUAUCGAAAUAUCCUGUAGCAUUUUUAUUGGCUAUUUGGAGUAUCUUAGGGUUAGAAUUCCCUUUAAUGUUAAUGGUUUUACAUUUGUAUUUAACUUCCCAAAAUAUAACUACCCGUGAAUUCUUAAACUAUGUGGUUGGAAAACAUCAACCCGGAUUCGUCAAUGUGUUUGAAUCAAAAUCAAUCUUCCAUAAUCUAUACAUAAAUUGGAUAAGUAGACCAAGAGGUAAUCUAGUAGUAGCACCAACGGAUAUUUACGAUAAAGACGAUAUACGGUAUCAACAUAUAGAACCUUUACAAUCAUUUGAAAUGGAAACAACCACUUGA